AUGCCACAACUUGUUUCGCCUACAGCUGCAAAUAAUCCCACACGAAUAAUGAGUAUCCCAAAGCGAGUCGUGUUUGGUGGAAAAACCUCUUCGAACGCAUCUCCACACCACUCCUGUUCGUUCAGGCUCACAUUACGUAUGCAGGGCGCGGCGGGCCGUGGGCAACGUCAGCUAUUUGCUUCUGACCAGAGGGCUAAGCCAUUCAAGGCUAAGGCGCGGGGCAAGUUUUUGGUUAACUUGAUCCACUCAGCACUCAACUUUCAUUCCCAGAAAACAGAUUGA